AUGGUAGAAGACAAGAAGCUUCACAUAGUCAUGUUCCCAUGGCUGGCCUUUGGCCACAUCAUCCCCAACCUUGAGCUCGCCAAGCUCAUAGCUGAGAAGGGUCACCUUGUCAACUUCGUGUCUAGCCCAAGAAACAUCCAUCGUCUUCCAAAACUACCUCCUCACUUGUCUCCUCUUAUCAAACUCGUCAAGCUUCCCUUAAGCAAGGUCCAGAACCUUCCUCAAGACGCAGAGGCCACAACCGAUGUUCCCUACAACGUCGUGCAGUUCCUUAAGAAAGCCUACGAUGAACUCCAACAGCCCAUGACUCGGUUUCUUGAAUCUUCCAAGCCAGACUGGAUCCUCUACGACUUUGCUCCUUAUUGGAUCGGAUCCAUUGCUUCCAAACUGGGGAUCAAGAGUGCCUUCUUCAGUAUAUUCAAUGCCCCGUUUUUGGGUUUCAUGGGAUCAGCUUCAACUUUGAUGGGUAUUGACAACAGCCGCACAACACUUGAAGACUAUUUGGUUCCGCCACCGUGGGUUCCGUUUCCAACCACCGUAGCAUUUCGUCACUUUGAGAUCAUGAGGAUCGCAGACAGUUUCUCCGACAACGACUCCGGCGUUUCUGAUACAUUUCGGGCCGGUAUGUGUCUCCAAAACUGCGACAUAGUAUUGAUCAGAAGCUGCUUUGAAUUUGAAGGCGAAUGGAUUCAACUCCUCGAAAACCUUUACAAGAAACCAGUGCUGCCUGUGGGCCAACUUCCCAGCACGGCCUAUGAGGAUGGAAAGGAGAACGAGACGUGGCAGUGGAUGAAAGAUUGGCUGGACAAGCAAAACAGAGGCACAGUGGUCUACGUGGCAUUCGGGAGCGAAGCGAAGCCCAGCCAAGAUGAAGCGAGGGAGAUAGCUCUAGGUUUAGAGAAGUCGGAGCUACCAUUUUUCUGGGUGCUGAGGACUCAACGUGGGCCGUACGACCCGGAGAUUUUGCGGCUGCCGGAAGGUUUCGAGGAACGGACGCAUGGUCGCGGCGUGGUGUGCACCGGUUGGGCGCCGCAGCUGAAGAUAUUGGGCCACGAGUCCGUCGGUGGGUUCUUAACUCAUUCUGGUUGGACAUCGGUGGUAGAGGCGAUCCAGAAUGAGAAGCCCCUUGUGCUUCUGACGUUUUUGGCGGACCAGGGACUUAACGCAAGGGUGUUGGAGGAGAAGAAGAUGGGAUAUUCCAUACCGAGGAAUGAGCGAGACGGGUCCUUUAAGAGUGAAUCAGUGGCUGAGUCGCUGAGGCUGGUUAUGGUGAAAGAAGAGGGAAGGAUCUACCGGGAAAAGAUAAAAGAGAUGAAGGACUUGUUUGUAAAUAGAGAAAGACAGGAAGAGUAUGUUGAUGGCUUACUGAAGUAUCUCAGAGACCAUAGAAAUCCUGAGCGCGAAGAUGCAGGUUGUUUGAGAUAUUAA